AUGCCCACCUCUGCCCCGCAGGGCAGGGGCGGGGCAAGGCACUUCAAAAAGCCCUAUGUCGAGACAGGGCUUCUUCUCAAGCUUCUGAAGAAGCAUGAGGACCUGCUGCUGGACCUGAAGGGGUAUGAGUCUCGGUCGAGAAACUCAGCAGUGGACCCCAAGGCAUUGCACCGAUGCCUUCCCCUGCUGGAAGACAUCGUGGCCUUGGAGCCUUCUGCAGAAGUGCAUCCGCAGCCUCUGAGGAAUGCACUUCUGCAGCUGCUGGCCACCAACCCCAAGCUGAACAGCACCAGGUUCAAUGGCUCUGUCUGGACAAACAUGAAGGCUGAGAGGCUGAAUGUGCUACUGAGCCAUGUGCGAAAGCUUGCCAGGUCAGGCGGCUCCAGCUGCCUUGCUGCCCUGACAGGGAGUGAGUUCGAAAGGCUCACAGAGACCUUGCAAAAGGUUGUCUUGCGGCCAGAGGACGAAGCUGCCUUGGAAAAGGAGAAGGGCGGGGUCACAUGGCAAGCAGCCGAGCGAGGAGAGCUGAGUCUCAAGGAGAAAGUGAAACAAAUUGCAGAUGAGAACUCAGACAUAGAUGAUGCUGCUGAUGCCCUACAAGACAGCAUGACGAAGGGUGAGAAAUCCAAGGCGUGGAACCGCCACCAGAACCACUUGAAAAAGGAUGAGAAUGCUAAGGAGGAGUUUGACAAUCUGGGGAGGCUGUCCAUGAUUUGUGACACAGCAGCGCCUCACAGCUCUUACCCAGCGCUGAAGGGGAAGACCAAGAAGGUGAGGGCCAAGAAGGGCUGGGUCGAGGAGAUUGUUGAUGAGUUGCAGCCUUUCAUCCGGGAGAUUGGCUACGACAUUGAUGAAGACGCUCUGAAGGUGCUGUUGGAGUAUUUGAAAGCAGCCGAGCCAACUGCCUCGAAGCUGUGCAUUCCAAAGAUACAGGCCUUUGCAAGGCAAGCUCUGCUCAUUGAUUGUUCUGACAAGCGCCUCACUCUGCUUUUCCAGAGCCUUGAUCAUGCAAGUGCCGCCAUUGUGUACACGCUCUUAUCUUUGGACAAGCAUUUGGAUGAUGCUGCGGGAAAGCCAGAAGGUGCUGGAAAGGGAGCGCAGCAUGCCAUGGAGUACCUGCGCAGACUGCAAGCUUGCGAGGAAUCCUUCGCCUGUAAACUCUUUCCAAAUGCGCAAAUGCAAUUCCCAUGCGUGGUCUUGGAGUACAAGCACCAGUUCCAACUGUUGAAGACGACUGAUCUGGCUGAGAAGUAUAAUGAAGACAUGUGGGGCCCUGACAAGACUUCCUACUGGGUGACGGGUGCUUUGGCUUUUGUGCCAGAGCAUCGGCUGUCACCCGAUCGCAAGUUCCUUGUGCAAGACUACAUGAAUCGGAUCCCUAAGUUGGGCGAAGAGAAAUUCAAGAGAGUGAAGUGGGACUCUGUUGUAUUGGUAGAGCUCGACAUGGCAGAGGCUUUCCAGAUUGACGUUAGAGCCAGAUCGAAGCGAGCAACUGGCUUGCAGCAGCUGCAGAAGGGCUCAGACGGUAGUCUCAAUAGGACGAUUCAAGAUGGAAAGAAUUUACUGGAGGCCGUCUUCCUGGGUGACGCGCUGAGUCCCGAAGCGGUCAGUGGGUCGGUGGUGCAGAGAUGGCUGCAGAGGCCGCUUCUGGGCGGAGCAUUGGCAGAAGGAGACCGAAGGAAGACACUGCUGUGCAAGCAGUAUUUCGAGGGAGGAUGCAACCGGGGCGGCAACUGCGCUUUCGCACAUGGUGAAACUGAGCAACGCCAGCCACCUGGAUGGCAGGAGAAGCCCAAGAUGAAGCUUUGUGAGAAGUUUCCGAACUUUUGCGAGUUCGGACGAUAUUGCCACAAUGCACAUGGGCAGGACGAGCUGCAGGUUCGUGCGCCGGGGCCGCGCCUAACUGCGCAGCCUGAAGCGGAGCAGGUUGACUAUCCGCAGCCCGAGGCUGGGGAGAGACAAAAGACUUUGCUAUGCCGAUUUGCAGCCAUGGGAACGUGCAAACAUGGCGAUGAUUGCAAGUUUGCCCAUGGCGAGCAUGAACAAGAGCGGCCGAUCGACUGGGAGGAGAAGCCGAAGUCAAGGUUUUGCUCGCAUUUCCGUGAGAGGCGCUUUUGCCAGUUCGGUCGGUAUUGUGUCUUCGCGCACGCAGAGGAAGAGCUGCAGGAAGGAGACCGAAGGAAGACACUGCUGUGCAAGCAGUAUUUCGAGGGAGGAUGCAACCGGGGCGGCGACUGCGAUUUCGCACAUGGUGAAGCUGAGCAACGCCAGCCACCUGGAUGGCAGGAGAAGCCCAAGAUGAAGCUUUGUGAGAAGUUUCCGAACUUUUGCGAGUUCGGACGAUAUUGCCACAAUGCACAUGGGCAGGACGAGCUGCAGGUUCGUGCACCGGGGCCGCGCCUAACUGCGCAGCCUGAAGCGGAGCAGGUUGACUAUCCGCAGCCCGAGGCUGGGGAGAGACAAAAGACUUUGCUAUGCCGAUUUGCAGCCAUGGGAACGUGCAAACAUGGCGAUGAUUGCAAGUUUGCCCAUGGCGAGCAUGAACAAGAGCGGCCGAUCGACUGGGAGGAGAAGCCGAAGUCAAGGUUUUGCUCGCAUUUCCGUGAGAGGCGCUUUUGCCAGUUCGGUCGGUAUUGUGUCUUCGCGCACGCAGAGGAAGAGCUGCAGGAAGGAGACCGAAGGAAGACACUGCUGUGCAAGCAGUAUUUCGAGGGAGGAUGCAACCGGGGCGGCGACUGCGAUUUCGCACAUGGUGAAGCUGAGCAACGCCAGCCACCUGGAUGGCAGGAGAAGCCCAAGAUGAAGCUUUGUGAGAAGUUUCCGAACUUUUGCGAGUUCGGACGAUAUUGCCACAAUGCACAUGGGCAGGACGAGCUGCAGGUUCGUGUUCCUCCACCUCCUGCACCAGUUGAGACACAGCGUGAGCAGGUUCCUCCACCUCCUGCACCAGUUGAGACACAGCGUGAGCAGGAAGGAGACCGAAGGAAGACACUGCUGUGCAAGCAGUAUUUCAAGGAGGGAGGAUGCAGCCGGGGCGGCAACUGCGCUUUCGCACAUGGUGAAGCUGAGCAACGCCAGCCACCUGGAUUGCAGGAGAAGCCCAAGAUGAAGCUUUGUGAGAAGUUUCAGAAGGGCUUUUGCGAGUUCGGACGAUAUUGCCACAAUGCACAUGGGCAGGAGAAGCCAAAGGAAGAGCUUUGCAAGAAGUUUUUUCAGAAGGGCUUUUGCAAGCAUGGCCGAUAUUGCCCGAAGGCGCAUGCAGAGGAAGAACUGCAGGAGAGUGCUCGCAGAAAGACCCUGCUGUGCAAAAUGCAAAAAUCGGGUUUCUGCUGGAAGGGUAAUGAUUGCAAUUUCGCGCAUGGUGAAGACGAGCAACUGCCGCCACCUGACUACGAGGAGAAGGACAAAACAAAGCUCUGCGAAAGCAGGUACUUCUCUGGUUUCUGCGCGAAAGGCAGGUACUGCGCAUACGCUCACCAGAGGAAUGAGAUCAAGGAGGAGAGGCCAAGCACGCGAGUGGAGGCCCGCACUCUUUCAGAAGGAGGCCUCGCCAAGGUUCAUGGGAUGUCUGAUGACGCGGACUUGAACGGCUGCCAGGUCAAACUGUUGGCUUGGGAAGAAGACAAGAAGCAGUGGAUUAUUCAAUUGCCGAAUGGAAGACCAAGAACUCUGCCCCAGGAUAAUUUGUCCCCAGUGCCAGAUGCCAAAGCCGAUCAGGAAGAUGCGAUGCGACAACUGCAGGGCAGCCUGCAGGGACAGUUCGCGGAGGGCGUCGACCCACUUCAAGUGUGCGAUCCCUGGGCGGCUGCUAAGGCUGGAGGCCGCAGUAAGAUUCUGCUUUGCCUCUUCCACUUUCUGCAAAAAUGCGGCGCUGGUGACUCCUGUGAUUACGCUCACAAUGAAGACGAGCAAGUGGAGCCGCUAAACUAUCAGGCAAGGACGUUCAAGAACAAAAUGUGCAAGGACUUCUUCCCUUACGGCUUUUGUCCACGAGGGAAGUAUUGCGAUUGGGCGCAUGAUCCCGAUGAGCUGUACAAGGCGAAAUCGGAAAUAUGCAGACAUUUUCUGCGUGCUGGGGAGUGCCGACAUGGUGCUCACUGUCUUUAUGCACAUGGCACAAACGACCUUCUGCAUGACAAGGUGGGACCAUUGGCGUUUGCUGUUAGAGAAAUGCUCGGGGAUGAUACUUGGCUGAAAGUUGUCCUCGACUGGGCUCUUGGUCGGAGCCCACAGCCUUUUGUUUGCUGAGCCCAAUGUUUCACGUCCAAGCGUUUCAACAGAUUGCUGCUGAUGAGCGCCAUGGGCGUGUCGCAACUCCAUGGCAGCUGGUUCAC